UCCUUUUUUUUUUACACUCAAAGCUACCUGCUUUAUCGACUGCACAAUGUUCACGACAAAUUAUCUCUAGACCUGAAUAAUAAACAAUUUCUUGCCGAAUUUUAAGAUUUUGGUAUCGAAUCAUCGACAUUAUACUUGUGAUGGCGUGUUUACCAAGGGGGCUCACAAGGCUUCUAGCAGGGAAGAACAUAGCAAGAUUAACCAGGAGAUGUCUUUCCUCAACCAAUUACGAAGGGUUCAAGGUCCGCCAGCUCCAUGGAAAGGAAUCUGCAAGCCUGGCCAACAGUCAGACUGCAGAGGGCAGCAGACUCACAAAUGAGGACUUGAAAGUCUUUCACAGUGUUGACCCCAACGGCUUCUUCGUUGCCCUGGACAAUGCUGGGGACAUCGUCGGGACGAUAGGCGCGGUGAGGUGGACAGAGAAGCUGGGGUUCAUAGGUUUUUGCCAUGCGGGUGAGGAAGCCAAAGACAGGGGGGUAGAGGAGGCCCUCUGGCUGGCAGCCAUGGAACACCUAGGGGACAGGAACAUUGGCAUCGAGGUGGACGCCUCUGAAGCGGAGAAGUGCGGCCAGCUUGGUUUCCAAGAGGAAUGGCGAUCUGGAUGUUAUAAAGGAGUGGGUGUGUCGCUGUUACCCGAAGCGCAAUCAACCAAGAUUGUGAGAAGGAUCACGGACAUGCCGUUCAGCAAAGUGGCAUACUUUGAUGAAGACCUCUUUGAUUUUCAGAGGAUGAAGUUCCUGUAUCGUUGGGCGAACAUAGAGCCCCCUGCCGGCCACGCAUAUGCCCUCAGUGAAGAUGAAAAGGUCAUGGGUUACGGAGUCCUGCGACAGUUGAACCUGUCCAAGAAGUACCGCAUCGCACCACUGUACUGCCAGCACACCGCGGUGGCACAGGUUCUCCUCCUUGCGCUCUUAAACAACAUCCCGGAGCAAACGGUUUACAUCGACUCCCCCUUCUCCAACCCUUCUUUCACGAGGAUACUGACCACCGAUUUGAAGAUGGAGCAGAUCGGGGAGAGGGUACGGAUGUACACCAAAGGUGACCCCGGUAUGCCCCUGCAGAAGAUGUUUGGAACCAUGGGAAGCGACCUCGGGUCAUGAUAUUCGUCAAUUUUGUCAAGACUGGUCAUGAUUUCAAAGCAAAACAAAAAUGAUGUUGUGAGUUAUACAGGCAGUAGAAUAUAUGCUGCUUGAACUUAAGAAAUCUGGAUGAAGGGAGAGUGUGAUUAUAUAAGGUUCCAAAGGCGACCCUUGCAUGACCCUUCAGAAGAUGUUUGGAACCAUGGGAAGCGACCUCGGGUCAUGAUAUUCAUCCUUUUUUUGGUUUGACUUUUGUCUCAUGAUUUCAAAACAAAACAAAAAAUAAUGUUGUGGGAUAUACAUGCAGUAGAAUAUAUGCUGCUUGAACUUCAGAAAUCUGGAUGAAGGGAGAGUUUGGAUAUAUACCAAAGGUAACCCCGGUAUGCCCCUUCAGAAGAUGUUUGGAACUAUUGGGAGCGACCUCGGGUCAUGAUAUUCAUCCUUUUUUGUCAAGACUGGUCGUGAUUUCAAAGCAAAAAGAUAAUGUUACAAGAUAUACAUGCACACGCAGUAGAAUAUAUGCUGCUUGAACUUAAGAAAUCUGGAUGAAGGGGGAGUGUGGAUGUACAGGUGUAUACCUAAAGGUGACCCCAGCAUGACCCUGCAAAAUAUGUUCGGGUCGUGAGACACAUCUCAAUUCUAGUGACCCAACUGGUGCUUCUUGAUUUGAAAGCAAAUUUAUUUUACGAGAUGUUUUACUUGCCAGUAGAACAUGCUAUGGAUAAAGAAAAUUGAGGAGAGGGUGCCAGUUAUGACCAAAGGGGACCUGGCGUGCCUCUUUAGAAGAUGAAGCGAAAAAUAACGUUAGGCAGCGUACAUGCUGCUCGAGUGUUUAUGUGGAUGGUUGACAUUAUGGAGAGGGUGCUAAUUAUUCAGCUGAGGGGACCAUGGAAGACCCAUUCUGAUGGAAAUGGCCAAAGUGGUCAGAACUGUGUAAAUUCAUUCAAUCGGAUUGAUCAUUCUGAUAUCAGCGCACAGUUUCGUAUUGAAUUUGGAUGUCUGACUGGAUGUCCGACUGAAUAUAUGGCCUAAUUUUGAACAAAUAUCAAUACAAAUGGUCAUUUUGGGCCAAAAAGUGACUAGAAUUACCAUAUUGUUGUUGACCAAUUGGACUACUUUUUAUAGCACCAGGGCACAUUUUAACAUAGAAUAUACCCAUCAAAUCUCCUUUGCUGAUAAUAAUGAUUGGAAAAAUUUCCCCUGAAAUAACGUGUCCAAAUUGGUCAGUUUUGACCUAAAAGCGGUCGAAGUGACUAAAUGUCAAUAAAGACUGAUAUUAUUUUGAAUCGGCUCAAACCCCGGAUAAGUUAUUUAUCCCUUCUCCACUGUAAAGUCUGAUUAAAUCCCUUUAUAUCCUAGUGUAUAUAUAACACUGCCACAGCUGAUAUUUUUGUCACCUUUUUCCGUAAUACAUCAUCACACCAUAUUAUUUGCUACAUUCAUGAAACACUAAUCUCCAUCAGAAAGCUUAUGCUUGUCAAUGAAAAUGCAUUUGGAGAGUGUUUGACUCUUUAUGAGAAUUAUCUGGUCUUUCACAUGUACAGUAGGACUACAUGUAUGUGCCUUACAAAAUAUUCAGGAGUGAGAAAAGAUUGAAUAGUAAAAAUGUCAUAGAUAUUGUAAUUGAUUGUGAAUAUUUCAGGCCAAAGUAUCGUGUUGCAUGUAACAAAUAAUUACAUUAAUCAUGAACCUCCAUCAUCUGCUGACUAGUUUCAGAAACUUCUGAAGUCCCAUUUAUUUUGUUAGAGGACAUUGGAUUGCAAUGACCCAUGGAUUUAUGUGUGCUUUUAUCAAGCAUUACCAGCUGUAAUUGUAAAGCAUAAAGCUAGGUGUAUUGAGUCAAUUCAUGUAAUGACAAAAUGAUGUGGAAUACAUAA